AAAUAAAAUAAUGGAGGAUGAAGCAGAGAAUUUGAGAGCAGCUUUUGGCGAUUCAUCGGAUGAUGAAGAUCGGCCGGGAAAAGAAACCAUAGGGAUCGGAGAUUCGACGGUAUGGGAGCGAGUGGAGGAGAUAAAUGGUUUAUGGCUCUGUAGAAACUUUCUCUCUAUUGCUCAUCAGUCUGAUUUGCUCUCCGCGAUUCUAAACGAAGGUUGGUUCAUUGAAGAAUCUAUUAACCAGGCGAUGAGAUUUGGUGAUCUCCCUUCAUGGGCAACAGAACUAUCUGAUCUCAUACGCCAGACUAUAGAAUCUGUUGAUCUUACAGUGUUGCCUGCUGAUUUACUGUGGAGAGAACCUCUGUUUGAUCAGCUCAUUGUCAAUUUAUACCAACCAGGUGAGGGAAUUUGUGCACAUGUUGAUCUGCUGCGUUUUGAAGAUGGAAUUGCCAUUGUCUCUCUGGAGUCACCUUGCGUGAUGCGGUUCAGUCCCACAGAAAAGGAAGAAGAUGAAUAUGUGGAUAGGGAGAAUAACUAGAAUGACCCUUAUAUGGGGAUUAAUAACUAGAAUGACUCAUA